AUGAAAUUUCGAGAGGAAAGACUAAAGAAAAUCACUCUACAAGGAAAAGCAGAAGGAAAUCUGUCGCUCAAACAGUUAAAUCACACCGAAACACGUCUCUACAAGGCGAUGCUACAAUUCCCAGAAUGUUUUACGAAAGUGCCGAUGAUUUAUUUACGUGCACAAAUCAACGGCGUUGAUGUACUGGCGCUUCUGGACACAGGUGCUCAGAUGUCGAUCAUUUCGGCGACAGCAGUGGAGAAGUGCAAGAUGACGGAUGCUGUCGAUCGGCGAUUCCGUGUGACGGCCAGCGGUGUCGGUGGCAUGCGUUCGUCUGCCGGAAGAAUUCUCGCAUGCACCGUGCAGUUCACUUCUAUUAGCAUUCUCUGCUCAUUUGACGUUUUAUCAUCCGACAUUUGUAGUGCGGAUGUUAUUAUUGGUGUCGAUGUAUUCACCAAAUAUCAAGCAGUAUUGAAUUUUGCGGAAAGAACCAUUCAAUUUGGACGCUUGGGCACUGCAGCAUUUAUGCCACCAGAAGAAGCUGAGAAAUUUGUGCCUUUUUCCGUAUUAUCGCGAAACGAUGGCUGGUCGGAAAAAUCUGAAUUCAAAAAGGAAUUGAAUUAG